GGGGUUGACAGAAUGAUGGCCUUAUUAUAACUGGAUACAAUCUCGUAAAGUACACCGUAUAUGGGGAAGUAACUGCUUGUUGACUGCAGUGCCAUCUAUAUUUCGCGCCAUAAUUCAAGUCGCCAUGGCGCCAACGAAAGAAGAAAGUCAGAGUCAGGACCAAGUGACCCCGUCUGGAAGAGCAAAACGAGAAAAAUCAGACAAGUUUGGUCGACUGGCUGCCUUUGCCAAAUUGAAAAAGAGUAAAGAGGCAGGUGAAAAAAACAAAUAUCAGCUCUCUGAAGACAGAGCCAUCUACGAUGUUGUUGAUGAAGAUGACUACUCUGAAAUAGUUCGGCAACGACAGGAAGAAGACUGGAUUAUUGACGACAAUGGAAUUGGUUACGUUGAAGAUGGUCGCGAAAUAUUUGACGAGGAUCUUAAUGAUGAUGAAUUCCUUCGAGAUUCCAAAAGCAAAGGAAAUUCCAAGAAAAAGAAGAAUCCCAACAUCCAUCACCCGGACAGGAAACCGAAACAGAACAUUCGCAACAUGUUUAUAUCAGCUGGGACUACCAAGAAAAAGGAGAAAGAUGUGAGUGUUGAAAAAGACGAUAUCUUGUCUGACAUUAUGGGCCAAAUCCACCAACCUGCUACCAACAUUCUUCUGGGAUCAGCCAAAAAAGCAGGUUCAAGGAAGAAGUCUGCCAACAACCCCUUUAGUGUCAGCACUGUCAACACUGUCACCCCAACUAAACCAAAAUCCAAGCAUUCAUUGAAACCCCGAAAUAUCAUUCCUGAUGAGGAUUGUCUACCAAUUCCAAAGAAACCACGUACGGAAUCCUUUUCACCUGAACCUUACAAACACGAGGCGGUUGGUGAAAUUUGUGAAAACCCUGCUGCGGUUAGCACCAAUUCUGAAGAACCGCAGGAGACGAGUGAAGACUGGGCCGAAGAAAAGGAAAAUGAGACCCUGGAUAAAACUGACAUGGAUUUGAGUGGAAUUGAUUUUGAUGAUGAGGAGGAAAUGUCAGUGAAGCCUGCACCACAGUUACCAAAAAAAAACGAGAUUCCUGACUUGGAAAGUGGAUGGUCAUUGGUAAACGAAACUAAGACAGAAAAUUUGGAUGAUUCGGUAUCCAUGGAGAUAGACAGUUCUAAGUUGCCAUUGACAACAGAUGAAAAUGGAGACCAGAUACUUCGCUUCUAUUGGUUCGAUGCCUAUGAAGAUAUUUUCAACAAAAAAGGUGUGGUUUACCUUUUUGGUAAAGUCUGGUAUGAGAGUGCAAAGAGUUAUGUCAGCUGUUGCGUUGCAGUAAAGAACAUAGAACGAAGAAUUCGGAUUCUACCAAGACCUACGCGGGUGAACCAAAAAACCGGAGUGGAAACAACCGAACCAAUCACACUGUCUGCAGUUUAUGAGGAAUUCAACGAAAAAGUGGCUGAAAAAUACAAAAUCACAACGUACAAGUCAAAGAAAGUCAGCUGCAAAUAUGCCUUUGAAUUAGAAGAUGUUCCGAUCAGGUCUGAUUAUCUUGAAGUCCGAUAUUCGUUUGAUUUACCAAUGUUGAAUAAAGACUUGAAAGGAGAAACAUUCAGCCAUAUUUUUGGAACCAAUACUUCUGGGCUUGAAAUACUCUUACUGGACCGUCACAUGAAGGGUCCCUGUUGGCUAAAUUUGAAAUCCCCUCAAGUUUCAAGCCCUCCUGUCAGCUGGUGUAAAUGUGAGGCCUUUGUGAAGAACUUGCAGGACAUUUCUAUUAACAAAGAGAAACCUCCAAUUCCACCUUUAGUGGUGAUGACUUUGAAUCUAAGAACUUUACCAAACCCCAAGACUCGAGAGAAUGAGAUAAUUGCUGCAGCUUAUUUGGUUCAGAAAUCAUUUGGAAUUGACAAACCUGCCCCAAAGACUCAAUUCUUCAACGAACACCAAUGUGUAAUCUCUCAACCAGCCAACUGCAUCUUUCCAUUUGAGUUUCGUGGUAAACUACAAAAAACACGAAAGGAUCUAAAAGUGGAGGUGGUUCCAACCGAAAGAGCUCUUCUUGGAUUCCUUUUGGCAAGGAUUCAUAAAGUAGACCCUGAUGUCAUUGUCGGUCACGACAUCGUUGGCUUUGAUAUGGACAUCUUGUUACAUCGCAUCAGUGUCAACAAAAUUCCUCAUUGGUCCAAGAUUGGACGCCUGAAACGGUCAAUAAUGCCAAAAUAUUCUGGUGCAAAGCAUUAUUUAUCCUGCGGCCGACUCCUUUGUGACGUUAAGGUGUCUUCCAGGGAACUUGUUAGGCUGAAGAGUUAUGAUCUUACAGAGCUUGGAUUGCAAAUCUUGAAAAUUAAACGCAUUUCUGUGGAUCAAGACCAUAUUCGAGACAUGUACAGCACCUUUGAUCACCUGGUAAAGCUUAUUGAAUUUACUUUGAUGGAUGCUUCUUAUAUCCUGCGUAUCAUGUAUGAAUUGAACAUGCUUCCUCUGGCGUUGCAGAUAACAAAUAUUUGUGGAAAUGUCCUGUCCCGCACUCUUCUGGGUGGCCGUUCCGAGAGAAAUGAAUAUCUUCUGUUACAUGCUUUUACUGAGAAAGAUUUCCUUGUUCCAGAUAAACAGUUUAAGAAGAAAUUCUCUGCGCCUGAAUUUGAAGAAGAAGAAGAGGUUGCCAUAGAUAAGAAAUCUUCCUCUCGUAAAAAACCUGCCUACGCUGGUGGCCUUGUUCUGGAACCUAAGAGAGGUUUCUAUGAUAAACAUAUCUUGUUGCUUGAUUUCAACAGUCUGUAUCCGUCAAUUAUCCAGGAAUACAACAUUUGUUUUACCACAGUCUCUCAUGAAACAUCUUCUAGUAAUGAUAGUGAAGAUAGAACUGUAGAACUGCCAGAACCUGGCUUGGAAGCUGGGAUUUUACCAACAGAAAUUCGAAAACUUGUUGAAAGUAGACAGCAGGUGAAAGGCUUAAUGAAAAGUCCCAAUCUCAGUACGGACCAGAUGAUGCAGUAUGAUAUUCGCCAAAAAGCUUUGAAGUUAACAGCAAAUAGUAUGUAUGGCUGUUUGGGAUUUAGUUCUUCCAGAUUUUAUGCGAAACCCCUUGCAGCUUUAGUCACAGAAAAAGGAAGAGAGAUUCUGAUGAAAACCAAAAACUCUGUUGAAAAGAUGAAUUUCGAAGUUAUAUAUGGUGACACUGAUUCUAUUAUGAUUAAAACAAAUUCUUCAGAUUAUAACGAAUCCUACAAAAUGGGGAACACGAUCAAGACAGAAAUCAAUAAAUUAUUUCGACUACUCGAGAUCGAUAUUGAUGGCAUAUUUAAAUCAAUGUUACUUUUGAAAAAGAAGAAGUACGCUGCGAUAAAUCUUCAGAAGAAUUCUGAUGGCAAAAUAAUUGAGAUAAAAGAAUUGAAAGGACUUGAUAUUGUCCGGCGUGAUUGGUGUGAUUUGGCCAAAGAGACCGGAAAUUUUGCUGUAACGGAAAUCUUAUCAGGCAAGAACCAAGAUACAAUUCUUGAAAAUAUUCACAUGGAACUGUCCAAAAUUAGUGAAAAAGUCAACAAAAAUGAGUAUCCGAUUGAAAUGUUUAUUAUUACAAAGCAACUCACUAAAAAUCCAGAAGAUUAUCCAGACAAGAAAAACCAAUCGCAUGUGCUGGUAGCCAUUCGAAUGAAUAGCAAAGGUGGGAAGAAACUGAGGGCAGGUGACACUGUCCCUUACGUUAUCUGUCAGGACAGUUCCACUGCUUCCUACCCACAGAGGGCUUAUCAUCCUGAAGAAUUACUGAAAAAUGACAAACUAUCUCUUGACACCCAGUAUUAUCUGGCUCACCAAGUCCACCCUGUCAUCACCCGACUCUGUGACCCAAUUGAAGGAACGGAUGCUGCCCAGAUUGCUCAAUGUCUUGGAUUGAACCCAGAGAACUAUCGACGAACAGUUUAUCAUGAGCAGGAGGCUGACGACCCAUUGCUUGGAUUGAAGUUGUCAGCGGAAGAACGUUACAAAGAUUGUGAGAAAUUUGUGGUGAAAUGUCCCAGCUGUAGCACUUCCAUUACUAUUGGUGAUAAAGACUUCAGUUUUGACCGCUGCCCCAAUGAAUCCUGUAAUACGGCACCGAGAUCCUAUGUCAACCAAAUAAACAAUCAGCUCCUCAUUAGCAUCAGAAAACACAUCAAAGAGUAUUAUAAAGGUUACAUGAAAUGUGAUGACACCGUUUGUGCUGCUACAGUCAGAAAGAUGCCUUUAGCUUUUAACCGUGGUCAUCCAAUUUGCCCUGUCUGCUCUCAAGGAAUUCUUCGAUCUCAAUAUACAGACACUGUCUUGUACAACCAGCUCUGUUAUUACAAAAGUCUUUUUGAACCCAAGUCUUCCCUAACGCCAGGCAUGCCACUCUCUCCUGAAUGGACAGCCAUGCAAAGAAUUCUCUCCAAAACUGUCCAACACUAUUUGUCCAAGAACGCCUAUUCUGUGGUCAACCUCACCAAAAUAUUCAGGCAGCAAUGAAUGAUUGUUACCCCUUCUCCCAGAUUUUGUAUUUUGUUCCUUCAUUAUGUUAUUGAAAGGCUAUUCCAUUUGUUUCAAGGGUCCAUCCACACCCACCCACACAAAUAUAUAAAGCCAUGUAAUGAUAUUUCUGGUGUAAAUUCAAUAUUCUGUAAAUAUACAUAUUAUGUACGUCUAAAUAUAUUCUCUCUCUCUCUCUCUCUUUCUGCGUGUGUGU